UAUGGCGCAUGCGCGCACAGUCACUUCCGGGAAAGAGAGACGCGACUGGUGACGCGAACGAUUAGCGUGUUAGCAUUUGUUAUCAGGGCGUUGUAAAGUCCUGCUGAAGGUCCAAAGUUCCAGGAUGAAAGUUUUUUGGAGAGUUCCUGUCCUGCUGCUGCUUGCCGCUGCUCUGAGCUCAGUGAUCUACCAGGUUUCAGCGGUGGACGGUUCUGUUGGAGGAAGCGUCCUGCUGCCCUGCAUCUUCACAGACUCUCCGUCGACCAAGGUUUUCUGGAGGGAUAAAGAUGAUAAUGUUGUUUUAAACAUUGAGAACGGUUCUCCAGUCUACUCAUCCCAGAACAUGAGGUACAGAAAACGAGUGACUAGUAUCAAGGAAGAGAUCGGGAAGGGAAACUUCUCCAUCCUGAUGAAGAACCUGCAGGUCAACGAUUCAGACACCUACGUCUGUACCAUCCUUCCUGGAGUUAAUGAGAGGAGAGUCCAGCUGACUGUUACAGAGAAAGUGAGUCCCACGUCGGCGGGUAAGACUGCAGGUUCUUCAAGAGGAGCAGCCGGACCUUCCAUCCACCAGGUGGUUCUGCUGGCUGCUGUCGGUGUGCUGCUCAGCUGUUAGAAGCUUCAGGUUCUCCUCUGUGCUCACAGGAGAAGGUUCAGAAGCAAAUAUUUAGAGUUCCUGGCUUUAAAACAAGCUUUGAAGCACCUUGAUACUCUGCUGAGAAGACCAUCCUCCAUAACCAUGCAGCUGCACUUACCCUCUGUCCUUCUGGAGAUCACUAGAGGGUCAUUCAUGGAAGACUGAAGACGUUACUGUUUGAACUGAUCCGUUUGUUUUUACAUUUAUGAAUGAAGGAAUCUUGAAGGAAAACUUGUUAUUUUGUUUACAGAAACAGGAGCAGCUUCUUAUGGACUUUGAUUUUGUUGUUUCUGGAUUCACUGCUGGUUUCUCUGGUCUUUGCUGACCAUCAUGUCACAUUAAUGAACACCGUGCUGCCUUAAGAAUCGACUCUGCUUUUAUGACAAUCCACACUUUCUGAUUUUAAACUUCUGUUUAAACCUGCUGGCGUUUGUUUGGACUUCAUUUCUCACAGUGUCUGCUGUCCAGAGUAAUCUGAGUAUCUGCAUGUUUCUGCUGCUCUUUCACCAUGAAGGUGUUCUCCUCCAAACUCACCUCUGAACCCUGAAGAUGAGGCUCUGCUUCACGAUUCACACCAGGAGAUCCUCAGGUCCACUCUGAGGAGAGCGAUUUCUGAUGCUGCUGUGUUGCAGCGGGUCACACCCUUUGUGUUUGAAGUGUCUGUGGAGAAGGUUUGUUCAAAAGAACAGUUUAUAGAGAAAAAGCAGUAAAGUGUGAAGAUCCAGAACUGGGAUGGAGAGCAGUUUCUUGAUUAAAGUGUGACUGUGGUCAUCACUCC